AUGAGUAUGUUUAGUGUAAGUGUAAGUUGCGGUGCAUCGGCAGCUGCCUGCUGCUGCUGUAGCAGCCAGCUGCCGGUGCGGUUGCUGCUGCUGCAGCAGCAGGCACCCAUCGGUGCUUCUGCUGCUGCUGCUGCAGCAGGCACCCGUCGGUCCGUUUGGUGCUGCUGCAGCAGGCACCCGCCGGUGCGUUUGCUCCUGCUGCUGCAGCAGGCGCCCGUCGGUGCGUUUCCUGCUGCUGCUGCUGCAGCAGCAGGCACCUGUCGGGGUGUUUGCUGCUGCUGCUGCUGCUGCAGCAAACACACCUUCCCCCACCUACUUGCUGCGCACUCCCGGGGGCCCUAUCCUGUAAAAAACCUGUUGUCCGUGCUACUUCCUGGCAGCAGCUUCUACGGAAUUACCCAAAGGGGCCCCCCGGGGGUCCUCCGGGGAGCCCCUGGGGGCCCCCCGGUGGACCCACGGGGUAUCCCCGGGGGCCCCCCGGGGGCCCCAAGGGGCCCCCCCAAGGGGCCCCAUAAUGGGUCAUGGGGCCCCCACUGGUACAUCCCCAGGGGCCCACCAAGGUCCUCGAGGGCGCCUUUGGGGGCCUCCAAUGGGUCCUCCCGAGGGGCCCCCCGGUGCUCCUCAGAGGCCCCCUUAGGGCCCCCACCAGGGCUUCCCCAGGGGCCCCCAGGAGCCCCCCAGAGAUCCCUAGGGCCCCCCUGGGGGCCCCUUGAGCUCCCCAGGGGCUCCCCUGGGGUCCCCCGCCCCAAGGGGGGCCCCAGGGGGGCGACGGGGGUCCCCACAGGUCCCCCUGAGGUCCAGAGGGGCCCCCUGGGGGCCCCGUUGGCCCCUUGGGGCCCCCCUGGGGGCCCCCUGAGGUUCUAG